AUGGUUGAUCCUCUGGUUGCUAGGUGCAUUUACUCUAGCAAAGGUUAUAUGAUUCCUUUGAAUCAAUGUAUGAGCUAUUCUGACUUGUAUGAAGACAUUUUUUGUACAUUCCAGUUUUUGCCAAGUGAUGUUAUUGAGCUUCAGUAUUCAGUUCCUGGUUGUGAAGUUUGUUUCCUUCGUAACGAUCGUGAUUUCCAAAUGCUGUUCCGCGCUGCUAGAAUACAUAAGUUAGAUUGUGUUGAGAUUUCUGUUUUAAAGAUUAGUGUAAGCUGCAGUAGAACUUGUUCAGUGGAUAGUUGUUCGACUGUUAUUGAUGAAGACGAUUAUUUGGGGGAGGCCUUUAGGAUUGAAGUUCACAAGACGUAUUUGUCUGAUGGGUGGAGUUCUUAUAUUCACCAUGUUGGGGAGAAGUUUCAUGGUGCAGCUGAGCUCCGUGAGAUGCUCAGGAAGUAUGCAAUUGCAGUUGGGUUCGAGUUUGUAUUUUUGAGAAAUGAUUUGGACCGUAUUCAUGCAGUUUGUACAAAUGUUGGAACCGAAAGUUGUGAUUGGCAUCUUCACGCUCUUUCAUCAUCUGCCAAUGGUUUCCUUUAUAUAACAGAGUUGAAUAAUAUUCACACUUGCAAGGGUGUAGUUAGGACUCAAAAGCACAAGUUUUUGGGAUCCAGGGUUGUCAAGACUUGCAUUGUUGCCGAUGUUAGCUAUAAUCUUUCAUUGAAGCCAACGGAGAUUAUGAGUAAGUUCAAGUCAACAUAUGGGUUUGAUAUUUCCUACAAGGUUGCCUUGAAAGCAAAGCAUAGGGCUAAGGAAGUGAUUUAUGGUUCCGAUGCAGAUUCAUUCAGCAAGUUAUCUUGGUACAAGGAAGCUGUUUUGCAGAGUAAGCCCGGCUCUUCUUUUGUGUUGGAAGUUAACCCAUCUACUAAUCAUUUUCAAAGUCUUUUCAUAGCUUACGGAGGUUGUGUUGAAGGCUUCCAAUUCUGUUUGCCUGUGUUGUAUGUUGAUGGACUGUUUGGUAAAAGCAUUUACAAGGGUUUCUACCCUCGAGCCAUAUGUUUUUGUGAUUAUAAGACAGAUGCAAAUUGGACAUUCUUUUUCAAGCAUUUGAAGAGUUUGCUUGAACCUCAAGGAAGAGUCCUCACAUUUAUUAGUGAUCGGGGUACUGGACUGUUGAGUGCUUUCGAUAAGUUAUUUGCUAGUCAUCCUCAUCUGUUUUGUUACAAGCAUUUGGUGGCGAACCUUGCCAGUAAAUAUAGGGGUAAAGGUAAUUCUGUCUUGAUAGAAGAUGUUAAGCAGAAGUUUUUUAAGGUUGCAUAUUCCUCUACUGAGAUGGAAUUCUGUUUCAAUUUGCGGUUGCUUAGAGCAAUUGGUGGUGCCAAUAUUAUUGACCAUUUUCUUGCUGAAAUCCCUGUGGAAAAUUGGUGCCAUGCAUUUUAUACUAGCUGCCGAUAUGGAAUUAUGGCUAAUAGGAUUGCGGAAUCAUUUAACUCUUGGAUUGCAAUUGAGUGUUUGAUGCCAGUAUAUUGUAUGUUGGAUGAGACCAGAAUAAAACAAAUGGAGCUGAUGGGUGAAAGGAAGGAUGAGGCACAACAUUGGACCACAGAACUAACUCCCAAAAUGGAGGAAAGGUUGAAGGUGCAGAUGGAGAAAUCUCGUCAUUUCAGUGUCCAUUUGUAA